UCAAAAUGGGGCUGGUGGUGCACGCCUGAAGGGAGGGUCCCGGAGGCUCCUCCCGCCGCGGCCAGAAGUGCCUCUCCGGCGCACGCAGUGUGCGAGCAGGAGAUGGAUGGGACUGAGCUGGAUGGCAGCGGCGCACAAGCCCCUCAGCAAUGCUGCCGGGCGGCGACUGCUGCUGCUGCCGGUGGUGGUGGCGGCGGCAGCCCCGAGCUUGGUGAAGCAACAGGCAAGGAAGGUGCCUCAGCAGCAGCCAUGGAAGAGCCCACCAUCGGGAAGCGAGCCUCGGAAGGGGCAGCUGCCUCUGGCACCCCCGCAGCUGCCGCCACAGCCGAGGAACUGAAGAAGAAGCAGCAAGGCGUCAAGAGGCACCACCACAAGCACAACCUGAAGCAUCGCUACGAGCUGCAAGAAACUCUGGGCAAGGGUACCUAUGGCAAAGUCAAGAGGGCCAUCGAGAGGUUUUCAGGCAGAGUGGUUGCAAUAAAAUCCAUCCGUAAGGACAAAAUUAAGGAUGAACAAGAUAUGGUUCACAUCAGACGGGAGAUUGAGAUCAUGUCAUCUCUCAGCCAUCCUCAUAUCAUCACUAUAUAUGAAGUGUUUGAAAAUAAAGAUAAAAUUGUGAUCAUCAUGGAAUAUGCAAGCAAAGGGGAAUUGUACGAUUAUAUCAGCGAGAGACGAAGGCUGAAUGAGCGGGAGACAAGACACUUCUUCCGGCAAAUUGUUUCUGCUGUGCAUUACUGCCACAAGAAUGGUGUUGUCCAUAGGGACCUAAAACUGGAAAAUAUUCUUCUUGAUGACAAUUGUAAUAUUAAGAUUGCAGAUUUUGGGCUGUCAAAUCUUUAUCAAAAAGAUAAAUUUCUGCAGACUUUCUGUGGAAGUCCGCUGUAUGCUUCUCCUGAAAUUGUCAAUGGAAGACCUUACCGUGGACCAGAAGUCGACAGCUGGGCCCUUGGUGUAUUGCUUUACACUCUGGUGUAUGGAACAAUGCCCUUUGAUGGCUUUGAUCACAAAAAUCUAAUCAGGCAGAUCAGUAGUGGAGAAUAUCGUGAGCCAACACAGCCCUCAGAUGCUCGUGGCCUGAUAAGGUGGAUGUUGAUGGUGAAUCCUGAGCGCAGAGCAACCAUCGAAGACAUAGCCAACCAUUGGUGGGUUAACUGGGGCUACAAGAGCAGCGUUUGUGAUUGCGAUGCCUUGCAAGACUCUGAGUCUCCUCUGCUCUCUAGGUUUAUAGAUUGGCAUCAUCGUUCUAGUGGCCUCCAGCCAGAGACUGAUACCAAAACAAAGUGCCUUUCAAAACCAGAAGUCAUGCUAGAGAGACAGAGGUCCCUGAAAAAAUCAAAGAAGGAAAAUGACAUUGCACAGUCUAUCCAGGAAGGAGGAGUGGACAGUGCAUGCAAACCUAACUCCAAGAGGCCAAAAGGCAUCUUGAAGAAAAGGAGCAAUAGCGAACAUCGGUCUCACAGUGCAGGAUUCAUAGAAGGAGUAGUUAGUUCAGUGUUACCCUCCACAUUUAAAAUGGAGCAGGAAUUAUGUAGGACAAACAUGUCUAUUAAAAGUGUUGUGGAGGGAGAGGUAACGGGUAAAUACAGCACUAAGCAGUCUUCCUUAAUGCCAAAAAAAGGAAUCCUCAAGAAGACUCAGCAGAGAGAAUCUGGUUAUUACUCGUCUCCAGAACGGAGCGAAUCUUCAGAACUUUUGGACCAUAACGAAGAGUCAGGAAACAGUGACACCUCUCCAGGUGUCAUUGAGACAUUAAGAAUAGAGUCUCACAGCCAUUCCUACAGGCGCAAGGGUAUUUUGAAACACAGCAGCAAGUAUUCCACCAGAAGUACGGAUUCAGCUUUGGUGAGCCCUGACACACCAAUGCUAGAAGCUAUGGAAGAAACAGUCCUGCCUGGAGAUGGAUUAUCUCGAAGUUACAGCCGCCCUUCUAGUGUGAUUAGCGAUGACAGCAUCCUGUCCAAUGACUCUUUUGAUCUGGUGGAUUUGCAAGAGAACAGGCUGAGAAUAAGGAGUUGUGUGUCUGCUGAAAACUUCCUACAGAUCCAGGAUUUCCAAGGUCUCCAGAACCGCUCACGGCCACAGUAUUUGAAGCGUUAUCGGAAUCGGGCAAGUGACAGCAGUUUUUCCCUCCUCACGGACAUGGAUGAUGUCACUCAGGUCUACAAGAAAGCUCUGGAGAUCUGUAACAAACUUAACUAGCGGAGUGGAGAUAAUAGGGCGGGAAGGAAAAAGGGUCUUGGGUACCUUUAUGAUUGGAGUUGGCCUAGUUAACAAUUUGUUGAUAGUCAGUUUUCUAGCAUUGUUAAAGCAUCAUUGAAAAGAGAGACUGAGCAGGUAUGCUUCAGUUACAUUAUGAAAAAAUUUCAUCUCAUGUUCUUUAUGCAACUUUUUAUAACUCAUGCAAUCAAAAUACUACCUAAUGUCCAAAGAAAUUACAAUAAUAUACGGAACAAAAACUCUGGAAUCUAGCAGACAGAAAAAGAUUACAAUCCAGUGGCUAUAAAUUGAAGCUAGACAAAAAAGUAAACUGGAAAAAGGGUACAUGGAUUUAUACCAGAGAAGGUAACUAACCACUGGAAAAACUAUAACGCUAACAGCAAAAGACGUAACCUUGCUAGUCGGCUGUUUA